AUGUCCAAGGGCCAAGGCGCAACCGCAACCCGACGUCGUGGACGCUGGAACCAUGGCAACUCACACACAGCAGGCAACGUAUCCUUCGAAACCCUGCAGCGAGCCUUCGGGCCUGACUCGCUGGGCAUCCUGGUCGUCAAGGACGUGCCCCCAGAGUUUCCGCAGCUACGCCGCGUGGCGCUCUCCUACGCCUCGUACCUGGGAAACCUCCCAACCCAAGAACUAGAGAAACUGGAAAACGCCCAGGCCAAGUACUUGACAGGCUGGUCGCGGGGCAAGGAGACGCUCAAGGACGGCGAGGCCGACACCUUCAAGGGUUCCUACUACGCCAACUGCGCAUUCUACGUCGACCCCGCCCUCGAAUGCGCCGAGCCGAGUGCCGGGUUCUCGCGAGACACGUUCCCCGAGUACCUGUCGCCCAAUGUGUGGCCGGCGGAAGACGUGCUGCCGGGGUUCAAGGCCGCCGUCACGGGGCUGUGCAAGCUCAUCAUCGACGUGGCUGUGCUGGUCGCCCGAGCGUGCGAUCGCUUCGCGGAGCAGCAGAUCCAGGGGUACCCGAGGGGCUACCUGGAGCGCGUGGUGAGCACCUCGAGCACCUCCAAGGCGCGACUGCUGCACUACUUCCCGCAGGAUGCGCACGACGGCGACGGCACGAGCGACGAUGACUGGUGCGCCACGCAUCUCGACCACGGGUGCCUGACGGGGCUGACGUCGGCCAUGUUCAUCGACGAGCGAAAGGUCGGCACUGCCGUCCCCGAGGGCGCUUCGUUGAACGGCGCGUCCUUGCCGCCGCUCGAGGAACUCGCCGCGUCGCCUGAUUCCUUGGCUGGAUUGUACAUCCUGUCUCGCGCGGGAGAGACGUACCACGUCAAGAUCCCGCGGGACUGUAUUGCCUUCCAGACCGGCGAGGCCCUGGAGCGCAUUACGGCGGGCCGGUUCAAGGCCGUGCCGCACUAUGUCAGGGGCGUGAGGGCCGCCGUGAGCGGCGGUGCUAUUGCGAGGAAUACCCUGGCCGUCUUCACGCAGCCGAACCUGGGCGAUGAGGUCGAUCUUGAAUCACACUUGACGUUUGGCCAGUUUGCCAGGGGCGUCGUGGCAAAAAACACCGUGUCAUGA